AUGUGGCCUCGCCAUGUCGCCCCAGCGCCUCCACCGCCGCUGGCCGCCCAGGCCCGCGGGGGGCCCCUGAAGCCCAUCCGGACCUGUACGCGUCGCCCGCUCCCCCCCGCGUCGCGCCGUGCCGCGCCCUCGCCAUCGCGCCUCACCUUUCCGCCACCUCCUGACAUUGCUUCGGCCACCAGGGGCUCGCCGGAGCCUCGACCCGGCCGCCUCAAGCGCCACCACCGCCGACCACCUCGCCGCCCGCUCGUCCCGAGCCCUACGCCGCCCCGCGCGCUCGCCUCCGACCUCGCCAUCGGCGAGCUGCGGCCGGAUCCACCGCCCCGCAGCCAGCGCCGCCCCGAUCCACGCCGGAGCCACCGCCUCGCUCGUCGCCGGCCGGAUCCGCGCCCGACCGGCAAAGCCCCCGACCCGAUCCGCGUCCCCCGUUGA